AUGAUAUCAUUGCACAAAAAUCAUUUCUUUUAACGCAAAAAAGUUAGUGAGUAAUAAAAUCCGUAAGUACCUAAACUUAUUAUGCGUUCGGUAGCCGCGGCGGCGCAGCCGACACUCUCGCCGGAGUCCGCCGCCGUCCUCAAACACUCUCUCGCUCUCGCACGGCGGCGCCGCCACGCGAAGCUCACUCCGCUCCAUGUCGCCGCCACUCUCCUCACUCCCGCCGCCAGUCCCCUCCGCGCCGCCUGCCUCAAAUCCCAAUCGCCGCCGUCGCCGCCGCCGCACCAAUGCCGAGCCCUUGACCUCUGCUUCAACGUUGCCCUCAACCGCCUCCACGCGCCUCCGGCGGCGCUCCACCACCACGCAUGGACGCCGUCAAUGUCCAACGCUCUUAUCGCCGCCCUGAAAAGAGCUCAGGCCCACCGGAGAAGAGGCUGCGCCGACCACCACCACCACCACCUGCCACCGAUCGCCGCCGUGGAAUUGCAGCAACUGAUAAUCUCCGUUCUUGAUGAUCCCGGCGUCAGCCGCGUCUUGACGGCGGCCGGAUUCUCCAGCGCCGCCGUCAAAUUCGCCGUCGAGAAUUUCUCGGGCGGAUUCCAUUCCUCUCCAAAAUCCCCCAAUAACCCUAAUUUUAAUUUCUCCCAAUUUCCCCAAAACCCUAAUUUCAUCCAAAAUCCCCAAUUCCCCAAAAAUUCUAAUUUUAAAAAUUCAAUCCUACAAAUAUUUCUCAGAAACACCGUCAUAGUUGCAGACACAAUUUCCACGGCGGAAUCCGCCGUUUCCGACCUCGCCUGCGGCGACAUUUCCGGCGACUUCAAACUGAUAAAAUUCCCCCUUUCUUCACUUCAACUGAGAUUCAUGACCAAAGAGGAAGUAUCCGCCGCCGUCGUCGACCUCAAAAGAAGAAUCGAAACCUCCGCCGCAUCGCCGCCGUGCCCGAGAGUCAUCGCCUACGUCGGAAACCUUGAAUGGGCGGCGGUGGAUGGAAGCGACAAUGGUGUCAUCGGCCAUUUGAUUGCAGAGAUAGAAAAGCUCCUUCGAUGGUGUAAAUAUUACUACAGUGGUGCAGGAAGCUCGAAGGUGUCGUUAAUGGCGGCCGCCGGCUACGAUACGUAUAUGAAGUGCAAGAAGAGGAAUCCUCCGCUGGAUUUGCAGUGGAAUCUCGAGACACUGUCGAUUCCUUCGAUGGGAUUAAGGUUGACUCCUAAAGUUGCAUGUAUCUUAAAACCUAAAGGUUUUGUAAUUAUUCCCAAGGAAGAAGACGACAGUGGCCUACUUCCAUGUUGUCCCAACUAUUCUAGCACUUCCCUUUUCAACAAGGAGAUAUUACUUCAUGAAGAAAAUCGAAGCCAUCGCUACAUUCCUUCAUCGUACCGCUCACGUUGUCCUAAUAAAUACAAGGCGGCAGAUACAGUGUUGACCCUCGGAACACAUCGCGAAUGCGAUUGCGACCGAGUCGAAGAGGAUAUUGUCGGGACGCUUAGAGAGAGCAUUCCGUGGCAAAUCGAAUCGAUACCGUCGAUAGCGACCGCAUUGAUGGACGGUUACGAUCGUCGACAAGAUACGUGGAUGUUAAUUCGGGGGAACGAUAUUGUCGGAAAACGAAAAUUAGCCGUCGGAAUAGCAAAGGCGGUAUUCGGUUCUUCGGAUUUUUUAUUCCGUUUGGACCCGAAGAAUAAUUGCCUGUUUACGGUGUUCGAGAACUCGGCCGCGCUCGAAAUGGCGUUGCGGAGCGUCGGAAAGCUCAUCGUGUUGGUCGAAAAUGUCGAUUCGGCUGAUCCCGGGUUUCUUAGGUUUCUCGCCGAUAUUUUGGAGGGGCGAAAGCGUCGUACGUGGACACGUGUUAUAUUUAUAUUGACAAUAUACGGCGACGGCGAUUAUGACACGUGGUGUAAUAAGUUUGGGGAUGACGAUGUAGAAUCGACUGUCAUUUCGAUGAAACUCAUUGUCUGUAAAACGAAAUAUUCAAAUCCAAGUCUUAAAAGAAAGAUGAAUCGAGAUGACGCGGCAAUUAGGGCGUGGAAGUGUCCGAGGAGGUGCGACAAAAUCGAUGAAGUCGAGGUUGAGAAAAGUGUCGGCCUCGUCCUCGACCUCGACCUCAAUGUAAUAGCUGACGAUGACAACAUAGACGACAACGAAAACUAUAGCCCGAUAUCGAGCGAUGUGAUGCGCGAGCCGACGGUAACGGGACAACAUAGUUCUCCGUUAGCGUUCCUUAAAACCAUCGAAACUCAGAUCUUUUUCAAUAGGUUCGACGAUGAUCGCAAGCGGGCAAAGCGAGCGCUGCGAUCGAAAUUCGAAUGUGCUUGCGGCAACAAGGCGGUUUUCUUGGAUGUCGAGGAGGCGGUGGUGGACGAGGUUUUCCGGUGGUCGGAAAUGUGGGGCGGCGGUGGCGCCGUGGUGGAGGAAUGGAUAGAGAAGGUCUUGGGGAGGAGCUUAGGUAUGGUUAGUGAGGGAGGGAAUGGUAGGAGUGUUGUUAGGGUGUGUUUGGGAGGGAAGGGACGACAAAUUGGAAUUGGAUAUAAGGGAAGUUGUCUUCCUAAAAGGAUUCCUGUUUUGUUGGCGGACUGAAAUCUCACAAACAAACAAACAGGGCACAAUCUCUCUGUUCUGUAUUUAAGGGAAUUGGAUAUAAGGGAAGUUGUCUUUCGUCACGUUCUAAGAGUCUCAUUUAUCUUUUGCGUACUUAACAUUAAAAAUAUCCUUAUAUUUAUA